UUAACUGUCAAAAAAAGCAGUUUUAUAAUAAUAUUAACACAUUAUCACACUGUUAUAUCCUGCUCUGUGUUUCUAUAACAGCCCCACGUGCUCUUAUGUUGAUCUGUAUGAUAGUUCAGGUGCAUUACAGGAAGUUUGGUGAGCGACCUCAGCCCCAGCGUUUGACGAGGGAGGCGAUGAGGAAUUACCUGAAGGGUAAAGACGAUCAGACGGUGCUCAUACUGCACGCCAAAGUUGCACAAAAGUCGUACGGCAAUGAGAAAAGGUUUUUCUGCCCGCCGCCGUGCGUGUAUCUGAUGGGCAGCGGCUGGCAGAAGAAGCUGGAGAGUAUGGAGAAGGAGGGCUGCACGGAGCAGGAGGCCCAGCCGUGUGCCUUCAUCGGGAUAGGCAACAGUGAGCAGGAGAUGCAGCAGCUCAACCUGGAGGGGAAGCACUUUUGCGCGGCUAAAACUCUGUACAUCAGCGACUCCGAUAAAAGGAAACACUUCAUGCUGUCCGUGAAGAUGUUGUACGGGAACAGCGCCAACAUCGGAGUCUUCCUCAGCAAGAGGAUCAAGGUCAUCUCCAAGCCCUCCAAGAAGAAGCAGUCCUUGAAAAACGCAGAUUUGUGUAUAGCUUCAGGGACUAAGGUGGCGUUGUUUAACCGCCUGCGCUCUCAGACGGUCAGCACUAGGUAUCUUCACGUGGAGGGGGGGAACUUUCUCGCCAGCUCCCAACAGUGGGGCGCCUUUUACAUCCACCUCCUGGACGAUGAAGAGUCUGAAGGAGAGGAGUUCGCCGUGAGAGACGGCUAUAUUCACUACGGCCAGACUGUCAAAUUGGUCUGUUCUGUUACCGGCAUGGCCCUGCCCAGACUGGUCAUCCGCAAAGUGGACAAACAGACUGCGCUGAUGGACGCCGAUGACCCGGUGUCCCAGCUGCACAAGUGUUGUUUCUACCUGAAAGACACGGACAGGAUGUAUCUGUGUCUGUCACAGGAGAGGAUCAUCCAGUUCCAGGCCACAGCGUGCUCCAAAGAGACUAACAAGGAGAUUAUUAACGACGGGGCUUCCUGGACUAUCAUUAGCACUGACAAGGCAGAAUACACCUUUUAUGAGGGCAUGGGCCCCGUCCCCACACCGGUCACACCUGUCCCUGUGGUGGAAAGUCUGCAGUUAAACGGUGGAGGAGAUGUGGCGAUGUUGGAGCUGACGGGGCAGAACUUCACCCCCAACCUCAGAGUGUGGUUCGGAGACGUGGAGGCUGAUACCAUGUACAGAUGUGGAGAGAGCGUCCUCUGCGUGGUGCCGGAUAUCUCUGCCUUCAGGGAGGGCUGGCGCUGGGUGAGACAGCCGGUUCAGGUCCCCGUAACGCUGGUCCGCAACGAUGGAAUCAUCUACUCCACCGCCCUCACCUUCACCUACACCCCUGAGCCGGGGCCGCGGCCCCACUGCAGCGCCGCCGGGGCCAUCCUGCGGUCACACAGCACCUCCUCGUCGUCGCCGGCGUCUUCUUCCUCGCCGUCUUCGCUGGGCGGGCUCGCGGACGGCCACGGGGCUUACAACAACAGCGGUGACUCGUCGGGGGCGUCGAACAUGUCGGUGCUGUCGUUCGAUUUGAUUUGAUUUCACUUUAUUAUCCCGUGUUCCGCGUCAAUAACAAAACAUUUAACCAAACAACAAAACAAAUACCACAGCUCAUGUUCCUUUUGGAAUAACUGGCUGCAGCACUCCCGUUAACAAUCAGUGCACACAGGAACACUGAGGACUUACUUAGGACCCUGUGUGACUCUAAAUCGUAUGUUUGACGGCAAAAGCUGAGGAGCCAGACGUAGACAACAUUCUUUUCACAGUCGCAGCUUAAAAACCCGACUCGAGCGUCUGACUCCCUCGGUCCUUCGAGCAGACACGCAACAGUCCAGUCGGUCGAGCUUUAAGCUGAACUGUACUGUGAACUGAUUCAUGCUGCAUAGCACUCAAUUGGUAAAACAAAACAAUAACAGGCUCGCGUGGUUGUACACUGCUACAAAUAUAAUCUAUAUGUGCACUCCAGGAGUGAUCGUAAUACUUGUACUGUAUGUAUACGUGUGUGUGUGCUUCGAAUGACUGAGUGAGAAAAAUGUGUGCACGUACUUUCCAAAGAGGCUCAUGGACCUGUGAGUGAUUGCACACGCACACACACACACACACACACACACACACACACAUUGCAGACUUUAUCAGAGAGCGACUGUGAUCAUCAGGAAUGCUGGGAGGAGGAAGACGUGGUUCCCCUCUCUCUCUCUUUCUCUCUGUAGCUCCAUCUUGUGGUUUGUUGUGGACAUGUCAAAAAAAAAAGGACCUUGAGGUCCGAGACGUUCGCCUGGAAACCGAUGGAUCUGCCUUCGAACCCUCACAACAACCUGAUCCGUACAAGAAGAGGUUUUCUUUGUUUUUUUACGCCCGUGUGUUUGGAAGCUGUUUUCACGCCGCUCUCUUUAUACUGACGUCGACACGUUUUUACUGAAAAUCUGUUUUUGAUUUAUCUGUCGUGUGCAAGGGGGAAAAAAAAAUGUGUUGUAAGAGUAACAUAGUUUUUACGGACCAAUGAAUAUUAUUAUAUUAUUUUAUUCAUAUUAUAUUUUAUAAGCUUUUUUUUUUUUUUUUUUUUUUUGGGGGUAUUUUUUGACUUUUUUUUUUUUUUUUUUUGUAUGAUAAUGCAUAGUAAGUACACUUUUGUUACCAAAUAGAAUUUGUCGUGUUGUUGACUGAGUCCAGUCACAGCUCAUCUUCCUUUUUUAAUCUUCACUGCUGUGUGUUUUUGGAUCUUGAUUUGCCAAAUUCAUAAUUACUCGUUCACGGUCAUUACAGCAGUUUACUAUAUUAUGCCAGCUGUUAUUGGCUCACAAUAGCCGCCUUUUAGAUCUUCUAGGUCACUGUUUAGGGAUGCUUGUUUUUUUAAAUCAAAGAUGACAUUUUUGAUGAGUUUAGCCUGUGAUAAUAUUUAAUACACUCUCCGUGUAUUCUGGGAGACGGAGGUUAUGUUUUCUAAUCAGCUGUUUUUGUGCUUGAACUCAAAUCAAACAUAACCUUCCACUGUAGCUACGUACACCGCAGUGCUGCUUAUUUCACUAAAGCCUUUAAAACAAAGUGUGUAAAUGACAAAAAUCGAAACACGCCAUCCUGACUGCGAAUGCGGUGAGAGCUCAUUUGAAGACAAUCCGCCGUGGUUGAUGAUUUGUACAGAUUCAAACUCCCAGUUUGUUCUUCCUACCUUGUUAAACUGAUUUACUAAACUAGUCAGGUGGCAUCAUUCAGGUUAUGUAGCCUUUUAAAAACCACUACCACUCCUUGCAAAGUAUCCUGAUUUCCAGGUUUGCUUUUCUUUUGUAUCAUGUUUUCAAGGCCAGUUCACUGCCAGGUGGGCAUUUCAUCUUCCUGCACGUGUUUUUAUGAAGUUUUAUGGUGUAAACAUCAUAAUAAUCCAGCCACAUCAGAUUGAUGCGUCGUCUCUCGUAUGAGUCACGACCAUACUUGUCAGGUUUCUGUAGAGGUGGAAGGUAAGCAGCAUCUUUGUAGUCACCUGGUGAAAAUCUGUGCUUGUGCCACGUUACAGAAUUGUUGGUCACUGUACUGCAUCGACCUUCUUUGUGGUUUUUCUGUUACUUUUAAUGUUUUUUGGUCAGUCGAGUCAUCAUGUACACAGUGUCUGCAAAGCCAGGUGUGAUGGAAGCCUCAGUGUCAUCACAGACACCGGCAGCUUCAUGUGUUUUCAUUGCUCUUGUGCUCAUGGGAUGAAUGUCCUCACUCUCAUGUCCUGCCUUUUUGUUUCUCGCCUCUCUGUCCUGUCAGUCUGGGUUAUUACUCCUGAAGCAAAUCAACCUGCUGUGGUUCUUCAGUGUCAUGAAGAUCUCAAAUAAAAAGCUGAUGUCUGGUG